GCUGCUUUCACAAGGCAGAUGAUGAAUGGAGUCACACAGCCACAGGAUGGCAAACACCAGCCGGACCUUUUCUGAUGUGAGAAAUGUGAUUCUGUCAGCUCAUAAAAACACAGAGGCCCAGGAUAAGGUGGGCUUCUACGACACCUGGGCUGAUAGCUAUGAGCAGGACGUAGCUGUGCUGGAUUACCGAGCUCCAUUGCUGGCAGCCGAGUGUGUGAGCUCAUUUUUCAGCGGUGACAGAGAGAAGGCCACUGUCCUGGAUGUGGCCUGUGGAACGGGACUGGUCUCCAAACACUUGAGGAGAAUGGGGUUUCAUCACUUCGAUGGAGUAGAUGGAAGCCUGAGGAUGCUGGAGGGGGCAAAGAAAACAGGACUUUAUCAGCAGCUUAUGCAAUGCCUGCUGGGUCAAGAUGAAAUUCCUGUUAAAGCCGAAACGUAUGAUGUUGUUAUAAUUGUUGGAGCUCUAAGUGUUGGACAGGUGCCUUUGAAAGCCAUCAGAGAGCUCUGGGAUGCUACAAAACCAGGCGGUUAUGUGUGCAUGACUACAAGAGCCAACACUGAUAACCAAAAGUACAAGGCUGAGUUGGAGCAAAUGAUCAAAGCAUUGGAGGAAGAGCAGAAAUGGAGGAGUGUGAGUGUUGUUGAGGUGGAGGAGUGGGAGAGAGGCGUAUCAGAACAGGACACUGGGUACAUUCCUGGGGCCGUUUAUCUGUAUCAGAAAAGCUUUUAUAAUUUUAGGAGCACAUGAUGUAACCAAACACUAAAACAUUUUUAAAGGAAUAUAUUCCACCAGCAGGUGGCGGUACUUCAUCAGAAACUGGACGACCACUUGUUUAUUUUCGAAAGUUCUAAUACUCCCCAGAGAAUCGCCUGAAAUGUCAAGACAUGGUCUGUGUAACGCUUAAAAAGUCGUUUUUGUUCAACUGAAGUCUAUGAACCUAAAGAAUUUUGUGAAAGAAAAUGUCUAAGGUGUAUCAUUACAAAACUAGCUUUCCCCAGUUACAUCUAACCUUUCAGUUUGCCACUCCUCGAUACUCCGACCACAAUUUUUUUGGAGCCGCCAUUUCCAUCUGUGUCAAGUGGCAUAAAUAAACCUAAAUAUUUUCUGUUU